AUGCGGGCAGCUUCGACAUUGCGAGUUCUGCCGAGACUCGUCCAACAACAGCGCGGCUUUGCGACGACGCGGCGGCGGUUGGAGAGCUAUGGCUUCAUCGGCUUAGGACAAAUGGUAUGGCCCUUCAAACACAAUGGCAUUGGAACUCUCAACAAGCUGACUGUUCCAUAUCAGGGUUACCAAAUGGCCAAGAACCUUCAGUCCAAACUGAGUCCCAAAGAUGAGAUUCGCAUCUUUGACAUCAAUAAGGAUGCCGUCUCCAACCUGGCAAAGGAGAUAGACCAGUCUCAGACUGGCGGCGCAAAGGUUGAUGUUGUCGACACUGCACGAGAUGCGUCAAUUGAAGCUGAUACUGUCAUCACCGUUCUCCCCGAGCCAUCCCACGUCAAAGCAGUCUACGCCUCCAUCCUCAAAGACCUGCCCUCCCGCAAGCGCACCUUUAUAGACUGCUCCACCAUCGACCCCUCCUCGUCCCGCGAGGUCGCCGCCUCCGUCUCGGCCUCGACCAGCAACCAGGGCACUUUCGUCGACGCUCCCAUGUCCGGCGGCGUCGUUGGUGCCACGGCCGGCACGCUCACCUUCAUGCUCGGCUGCGACGCCACGCACCUCCCCACCGUCGAGCCGACGCUCCUGCGUAUGGGGCGGCGCGUGCUGCACUGCGGACCGCAGGGGACGGGACUCUCGGCGAAGCUGGCGAAUAACUACCUGCUGGCCAUCAACAACAUUGCCACGGCCGAGGCGAUGAACUUGGGUAUGAAGUGGGGAUUGGAUCCCAAGGUUCUCGCGGGCGUGAUCAACGUCAGUACGGGCAAGUGCUGGCCUAGCGAGGUGAAUAACCCCGUCAAGGGCGUCGUCGAGGGAAGCCCCGCGGGGCGGGAUUAUAAGGGCGGAUUCGGGAUCGGGCUGAUGCGCAAGGAUCUUGGGUUGGCUGUCGUUGCUGCGCGGGAGGCUGGUGCCAAGUUGGAGCUGGCGGGCAAGGCGACUGAGGUGUAUGCCUCUGCUGAGGCUGAGGAGGAGUGUAAAGGCCGGGACUUUUCCGUCGUGUAUCGGUACCUGGGAGGCAAGGAGUGA